AUGGCUGCUGGUGUCUUUCUCUUCGUCGCUGUGAACGCCGCCUGUUUGGCUGUCAGUGGAAACUUGGUCUCUGGAGAGAGAUCCUUCUCUAUAGACUACAAAAACAACUGUUUCCUCAAAGAUGAGAAGCCUUUUCAGUACAUCUCAGGCAGCAUCCACUACUCCAGAAUCCCCCGGUACUACUGGAAGGACCGCCUUGUAAAGAUGUACAUGACUGGACUCAAUGCUAUCCAAGUAUAUGUGCCCUGGAACUUCCAUGAAGCGGUACAGGGGGUCCACAACUUCACAGGGGACCGAGAUCUGGAGCAUUUUUUGGAUCUGGCCAAUCAGACAGGUCUCCUGGUCAUCCUGCGUCCCGGUCCGUACAUCUGUGCAGAAUGGGAAAUGGGUGGACUGCCAGCGUGGCUGCUUCAGAAACCAAACAUCAUACUCCGCUCAGCUGACACUGAUUAUGUCGAGGCUGUCAGCAACUGGCUCGCUGUCCUUCUCCCCAAAAUGAAACCGUGGCUGUAUAUCAACGGGGGCAACAUCAUUACUGUCCAGGUGGAGAAUGAAUAUGGGAGUUACUACGCUUGUGACUACAACUACAUGCGUCACUUGCGGACUCUGUUUCGCUUCUUUCUGGGUGAAGACACAGUCCUGUUCACCACGGACGGAAACACAGACAGGGAAAUGACAUGUGGGACUCUGGAGGGGUUGUACGCCACGGUAGACUUUGGAACAGCAAACAACAUAACUGAAGCGUUCAAGCGGCAAAGACGGUUUGAACCACGAGGGCCCCUGGUGAACUCUGAGUUCUACACUGGCUGGUUGGACCACUGGGGGGAUCCGCAUGCUGUGGUUGAUGCUCAGAAGGUCAGCAGAGUGCUAGGAGAAAUGCUAACCAUGGGGGCCAACGUCAACAUGUACAUGUUUGAAGGAGGCACUAACUUUGGCUACUGGAAUGGUGCCGAUCAUGACACAAGGUUCCGCUCUGUAGUGACUAGCUAUGAUUACGAUGCCCCGCUGUCUGAGGCUGGAGACCCCACGGAGAAGCUGUUGGCCAUCAGAGAUGUCAUUAAGCAGUUUAGAGACAUUCCCUCUGGCCCCAUGCCACCAGCAACUCCCAAGUUUGCCUAUGGCUUUGUGACCCUGAAAAAGGUUGGCAACAUCAGCGGUCUGUUAAACACCCUGUCACCCCUCGGGCCAGUGAAAUCCCAGUAUCCUCUGACAUUUGAAGAGCUGAAACAGUACUAUGGAUACAUGCUGUAUCGGACCACACUGCCCAGGGACCUCUCAGAGCCCACGCCACUUAUCUCUCCCCUGAAUGGGGUUCAUGACCGUGCAUAUGUGUCCGUCAAUGGGGUUUACCAGGGCCUGUUGGAGAGAGACACUGCACUGGUGACGAACGUCACUGGACAGCAAGGGGACACCGUCGACAUCCUCGUAGAGAACAUGGGCAGGGUUAACUUUGGCAGCAAGAUCAAUGACUACAAGGGCCUCUUGAGCAACCUGAUCCUGGGUAAAGAUGUACUGACUGACUGGAAGAUCUACCCUUUGGACAUUGAUGGAGCAAUCGCUGCUGGAUGGCCUCAUUCCAACAGUCACAAGUCGGUACCUGCACCUCAGAAAGAACCUUCAUUUGGGCCAGUCUUCUACAUGGGGACCUUAGAGCCCAACGGCCUCGCUUGGGACACUUUCCUCAAGCUCAAUGAGUGGACAAAGGGCCAGGUUUGGAUUAAUGGGAUGAAUCUGGGACGAUACUGGCCAGCCAGAGGCCCCCAACAGACUCUUUAUGUCCCUGGACCCCUACUCAGCAAAAACCAGCCCAACAGAAUCACAGUGCUGGAGCUGGAGGGGGCCCCAGCACACCUACGGGUUCUCUUCAUGGACCGGCCUCAGCUCAAUGCCACUACUAAAAAGUCUUGACAGAGUCCACUGGGUUGUGUUGCACAACAUUUCCUUAGCAUUCAGCUGUAGGAAUACUGCAUCCCAAUCCCAUCUGUUUAAUGCAUUCUGUACAUUAAGAGUGAGGUUGUCCGCUGAACCGUUCACCCAACAUGAGUUUUCUUUCUUCUGCAUCAUUUCUGUGGCAUCAUUAUUCUUUAUCAUUUCAGAUUUCAGUGUUCAAUUUUUAGCCAAUCAGUCGCAAUCCAAUGUCAACUCCUUUAACCUUUGACACAGCAGCUUCAGUCAAACAGUGAAAUGUGAAAGAAUCACAAUGAUAUACACACAGUAUUCAAUUUUUUUUAAUUGCAUUGCUUUUUUACCUUUUCCAUAACUGCAGAUACUGUGAAUAAAUUACACAUUUCUAACAUUAUGUUUUAAUGCUGUAUAUGCAUCCAAUUUUCAUCUGCCAUGAUAAAAUUAUAUUUGAAAUGUA